AUCGAUAAGUUUCUUGUUUUUCUUUUUAGAAACUGUUUUGAGAUAACAUUGGAACUUGGUUGCUGUAAAUAUCCGCCAGCUCUUUACAUCAUGCGCUACUGGUACGCAAACCGCGAGGCCUUGCUCAAGUUCAUCGAAUUGGUGCAUAAGUCCGGAAUAAGGGGCUUUGUAGUUGAUGAGAAGGGCCUUCCUCUUGAGGGGGCAAGGAUCAUCAUCGAGAAUCGCGCCAAAAAGAUUAAGACCUCCAAGGAUGGCGACUUCUGGCGGCUCUUGGUUCCAGGAAAUUACACCGUCCGCGUAGCUAAACGCAGAUUUAAAAACUCCAAGAAGACCGUAACUGUUGAUCCAGAUGUAUCGACAGUUGUAAACUUCACUCUGUUUAGAAAGAAUUCAAAUAAUUUCAACAGGCGUCGGCCAGCGACGAAAAUCAACGGCGCAGUCGAGCUUGAGAAACCAGCGAGUAAUGUGAGCUUUCAUUCGAUUGUAACAAACCGAGAUAAAUUGAGGCUUGCAGCAAAAUCACCCAAGAAAUCCGCUUCUGUGGCGAGAAUUCCUUCAAUCGUUGCUAGUUUUAUUUGUCUUGUUUUAGUGGCCAGUCUGAAAUGAUAAAUCAAGACUUGUCCUGUUCAAUUUAUCGAUCGUUAGAACUUUUGUUUUCACUGUCUCAUAACCAAUGUUAGGCAGAAAAUUUGAUUUGUUUGAUUGGUUUAAAUUUAUUGAUCGAAUUAAUCGUGUAUCAAAGGAGCUC